AAGCAAGCAUUCCCCUGUUUUGCUGCCAAUUGCAGCUUCCCAAGCAUGGCAGGACGAAUAAGAGACCUUCUGUUAAUCUUGUUUGAUUAAUCCCCUUCAGCUUUUAUAUUUCCUUGUGUAUCACAUGAAGCAUUGUUCAAAUUUGGCUGCUGUUCGAACUUUGAAGCCCUUUAUCAAGAUUUGGUUCCAGAUUACCAAGAAACUCAAGCUUCAGUAAAGUACAACAAUGGAGGACGGCAUGGAUUUUAGCCCUCAUAAAAAUAGCACAGAACACAAUCGGACUAGCUUUGAAGAUGAAGUCGCCGUUCGAUCGACAACCUCCAAACCAUCGUCGCACUCCCAGACCUCUUCCGACAAGAAACCAAAGCCCAAGAACAACAAGCCGAAUCACACCGACAAGACGGCGCCGCCGCAGAAGCCGGAGACGACGACGACGGCAGCAGCGAGCGCGAGCCGUGGUGAGGCCGCCAGCAACGGCAGCCUGGAGAGCAUCAGCAGCGGCAGCACCCGGAGCAACAGCCUGGAGAGCAGCAGCGGCGGCGCGUCCGCGGCGGCGGCACCGGCGGCGGCGGCGGCGCAGCACGUGAAGCGGCACACGGGCGGGGACAGCCGGUGGGAGGCGAUCCAGGCGGCGACGGCGCGCGACGCGGGGGCGGCGCUGAGCCUGGCGCACUUCCGGCUGCUGAAGCGGCUGGGGUACGGCGACAUCGGCAGCGUGUACCUGGUGGAGCUGCGGGGCACGCCGGCGUUCUUCGCGAUGAAAGUGAUGGACAAGGCGUCGAUCGCGAGCCGGAACAAGAUGGCGCGCGCGGAGACGGAGCGCGAGAUCCUGGGCCUCCUCGACCACCCCUUCCUCCCCACCCUCUACACCCACUUCGAGACCGACAAGUUCUACUGCCUCGUCAUGGAGUACUGCUCCGGCGGCAACCUCCACUCCCUCCGCCAGAAGCAGCCCUGCAAGCACUUCUCCGAGCCCGCCGCCAGGUUCUACACGGCGGAGGUGCUGCUUGCACUGGAGUACCUGCAUAUGCUGGGGAUCGUGUACAGGGACCUGAAGCCGGAGAACGUCCUCGUCAGGGACGACGGCCACAUCAUGCUCUCCGACUUCGACCUCUCGCUGCGCUGCACGGUCUGCCCCACUCUCGUCAAGUCCUCCUCGGUGCACGCCACCGGCGGCGGCGGCGCCGGCGCCGGCGGGAUGGGCGGCGGCAGGGACGGCCUGGACGGCGAUGGCAUCUCGGCGUCGUCGACCCAGGGCUGCAUCCAGCCGUCGUCCUUCUUCCCGCGCAUCCUGCCGCGGCGGAGCCGGAAGGCGUCCAAGAGCGACAUGGGCCUGCUGCUCAACGGCGCGGCGGCGGUGGAGUUCAACGCGGAGCCGACGGAGGCGCGGUCCAUGUCGUUCGUGGGCACGCACGAGUACCUGGCGCCGGAGAUCAUCCGCGGCGAGGGCCACGGCAGCGCCGUCGACUGGUGGACGCUGGGGAUCUUCCUCUACGAGCUGCUCCACGGUGCCACGCCGUUCAAGGGCGCCGGCAACCGCGCCACGCUCUGCAACGUCAUCGAGCAGCCGCUCCGCUUCCCCUCCGACGGCGCCAGCGCCGUCGCGCGCGACCUCAUCCGCGGCCUGCUCGUCAAGGACCCGCACCGGAGGAUCGCCUUCACCCGGGGCGCCACCGAGAUCAAGCAGCACCCCUUCUUCGAGGGCGUCAACUGGGCGCUCGUUAGGAGCCUCACGCCGCCGUCGGUGCCGGAGCCGGUGGACUUCCGGCAGUACGCCGCCUCCGCCACUCCCAAGGACAAGAAGACGCCCGAAGGCACCACGGCGCCGUCGCCGGCGGCGGAUGGCGCCGCCGCCAAGUCGAGCACCGGCGAGUCCUACACCGAUUUUGAGUAUUUUUAGUAUUGCUGACAAUGUUGUUGCACAGCAGAUAUUGUUUUUGAUGGAUGGUUGUGAAUUACUGAGAAUUCAAGAACUCAUUCAUGGACUGGUAGAUUCACCAUAUACCUAUAAAAAUCAUAUGAAAAUGUAGCGAUUUUAAUUUGAUGUGGUUUGUUAUCCGUGAACUUUUGUUACUUGUUUUAGGGUUUAUUGGAUACAUGCCAUUACAAAUACAGUGAAUUAAAAAAAUAUCAUUACUAUU